CCAUACCACCGGAGCUGGGUGACUUGCCGGUGCUCAACUACCUUGACCUCUCCGGCAACCGUCUCACCGGCCAAGUACCAGCUCAACUGGAGAACCUGAAGCUGAACCAGUUCAACGUCUCCAACAACCAGCUCAGUGGCCAGCUUCCACCCCAGUAUGCAACGGAAGCAUACCGCAGCAGCUUCUUGGGCAAUCCGGGGCUGUGCGGAGACAUUGCCGGUCUGUGCUCUGCCUCGCAAGGAAGUUCAGGGAACCACUCUGCCAUUAUCUGGAUGAUGCGCUCGAUAUUCAUAUUCGCGGCUGUCGUCUUGGUCGCCGGCGUGGCAUGGUUCUACUGGAGGUACCGGAGCUUCAACAAAGCGAAACUGAAGGCCGAGCGCUCGAAAUGGACACUGACAUCCUUCCACAAGGUGUCGUUCAGCGAGCAUGAUAUCCUGGACUGCGUUGAUGAGGACAAUGUCAUCGGCAGCGGUGCAUCUGGGAAGGUGUACAAGGCGGUGCUCGGCAACGGCGAGGUGGUCGCCGUCAAGAAGCUGUGGGGCGGCGCGGCGAAGAAGGACGUCGAGAACGCCGGCGAGGGGUCGGCGGCCGACAACAGCUUCGACGCCGAGGUGAGGACGCUUGGCAAGAUCCGGCACAAGAACAUCGUCAAGCUCCUGUGCUGCUGCACGCACAAUGACUCCAAGAUGCUGGUGUACGAGUACAUGCCCAACGGCAGCCUCGGGGACGUGCUGCACAGCAGCAAGGCCGGUCUGCUGGACUGGCCGACGCGGUACAAGAUUGCGCUGGACGCAGCCGAGGGGCUGUCCUACCUGCACCAGGACUGCGUGCCGGCGAUCGUCCACAGGGAUGUCAAGUCCAACAACAUCCUCUUGGAUGCAGAGUUCAGCGCUUGCGUCGCGGAUUUCGGUGUCGCCAAGGUGGUGGAGAUGGCUGUCCGGGCGCCCAAGUCCAUGUCGGUGAUCGCUGGCUCCUGCGGUUACAUUGCUCCUGAGUACGCGUACACGCUCCGUGUCAACGAGAAGAGCGACAUAUACAGCUUCGGCGUGGUGCUCCUGGAGCUGGUGACCGGGAAGCCGCCGGUCGACCCAGAGUUCGGCGAGAAGGACCUGGUGAAGUGGGUGUGCAGCACCAUUGAUCAGAAAGGGGUAGAGCACGUCCUGGACAGCAGGCUCGACAUGGCCUUCAAGGAGGAGAUCAGCAGGGUCCUGAACAUCGGCCUCAUCUGCGCGAGCUCGCUGCCGAUCAAUCGCCCGGCGAUGCGGAGGGUGGUGAAGAUGCUGCAGGAGGUGCGCGCCGACGCGAGGCCGAAGCUGGACAAGGACGGCAAGCUGUCGCCGUACUACUACGACGACACCUCUGAUCAAGGCAGCAGUGUCUAGGUAAGGUAAUAAACCACAGAGCAUAACACGUUGGUCAUGACUCGACGAGCAUAACACGUUGGCCCCCUUCCAUGACUCGCCGAGCUCUCGGUAAGAAAGAACCUAAGUAGAAUUACAGUGCUGAUUUUGACCGCUGAACCGCUUGUUGUCGACGCCUCCAGCGCCACUGUGACCUGGAGUUGAUGUGUGCUCCGGUCGGUCGGCAAUGGAGGACAAGUGGGAGUUAGGGCAUAGCUAGCUAGCGGCGGUGUUCUUGGUUGUUCUAGCUGUCUGUGGGCCGUGCCAUUGAUUCCGGUAGGGUAGAUGGUCUGUAUGGCCUUGAAGAAAAGUUUGCCAACGGAAGGAAGGAAUCCAAAUGUAGGUGUGUAAUUAGUACUAGUACUAGUAUGUUGCUUUCGCUUUCUGUCGAUGAAAUGGAAUGAAAUGUUUGCUCCA